UGCGUCAGAGGAGCUUAAACAGCUUCCAAAAGUCUUUUAUCACCAAUCUCAACCUAACCAACUGGAGUUAGAGAAACAGUUGCUGACAGUGGAGUUGGAAAAAAUGAGGAAGGAAAGUGUCAGGCACCUGCAACUUGUGCAAGAUCUGCAACACCAACUGAUGGAUGCAAGGACGCAAACGAAAAGGGAGAUAAAGGAAAAGGGGACGCUGGAUUCCUUAAUAAGGGCACUUCAGGUGGACUUAGAUGACAUCACAAAGAAAAAUAACACCCAGAAAAGAGAGCUGGAGACAGAGACUGCUGAGGUGGCCAGACUUCAACAUCUGGACAAGGUAAACCAAGCAGAGAUUGAAGACCUGAGGAAAGCAUAUAACGCCAAGCAUCAUGCAGCUCAGCAUGACAAAAAGAAGGUGGUCAGACUUGAUCAACUGACCCAGACGAUGCAGAGGAAGACCGAAAACAUCGAUAAGACCUUGACUGAUCAAUUGGCCCUGCUUGAAUCUCAGAUAGGCGCAAGAAAGACAGAGAAUGAGAAUUUGUGGGAACAAGUUAAAGAACUGCAGAAAACCAAGAAAAUCACAGCUGAUGAGAACCGGAGCCUUAUUGCGAAGGUGGGCCACCUUGAAUCACUGAAACAAGAAGAGACUGAACGUUUGUUGGCAGUAGUCUGUGAUCUUCAGCACCAGUUAAGAAAAGGUCAGGAACUCAUCAGGGAUAAAAAUGAGGAAAUACAGAAGCUGACAAAAGAGCUGAAUCAAGCACUGCAUGAUCUUCAGAAAAAGGAAGCCUCUCUGAGUGAGCAGAACAGGAGCGCCUUCGAUGAGCUGGCUCGACUUGAGUCUCUGACAGCAAAAGAAAAUGAGGACAAGAGAAAGCUGAAGACAACUGUUCAGUAUCUCCAGAACCAAGUGCAGGUGGAUAAUGAACACAUGUACCGAAUGGACAAUCACAUAACAAUCCAAACCAGGCAAAUUGGUAUUUAUAAGGAACAGUUAGAAGAAUAUCACACCCUAACAACCGAUUUGAAGCAAUCAGUCUGUGAACUUAAACGCCAGCAAAAGGUGAGGCAGGGGGUGGAGAUAGUAGCUGGCGUUGAGCAGCAGAGAGAUGAGAACUUCUCUGAGACGACACCUGGGGAUCAGAGCGAUGAGACCUUCUUUGGCGCUACAGUUGAGAUUCAGAGCACUGAAACCUUCUUUUACGCUACAUCUGAGGAUCAGAGCGAGGAGACCUUCUAUGACACUGCAUCUGAGGAUCAGAGCAAGGAGAGCUUCUAUGACACUGCACCUGAGAAUCAGAGCGAGGAGAGCUUCUAUGACACUGCAUCUGAGAAUCAGAGCGAUGAUACCUUCAAUGACGCUACAUCUGAGGAUCAGAGCGAUGAGACCUUCAAUGACGCUAAAUCUGGGGAUCAGAGGGAUGAGAGCCUCCCAGAGUCUCCAGCUUCUGGGUCUCGGACCAGAAGUUUCUUGCGCCGCCGUGCUAAACUUGUACUGAUUGUAGGUCUUCCUCUUGCCAUGGCCACUGCAGGUAUAGACGUAGCUCUAGACCUCUUUGGCAUUAACUUCUAAACUACAAUGAAGGCUCAUAGUGGGUGAGAGGUACGGGCGGCUGUGGUUCAGGAGGUAGAGAGGAUCGAACUACUAAUCGUGACGAUUAGUAGUUCGAUCCCCGGCUCCUCCGGUCCGCAUGUUGAAGUGUCCUUGAGCAAGAUACUGAACCCAAAAUUGCUCCCGAAGGCUGAGCCAUCGGUGUGAAUGUUUAAAAAAAAUAAAAAAAUAAAAAUUAAUAACAACAAG